CUACAUAACUUUUUCAAUCGUCACAUCUCUCUCUAUCUCUCCCUCUCUCUCUCUCUCCCUCUCCUUCUCUCUCGGACAUGAGGGCGGUUCUGUCGCCGGAAAACGUGGCCUCGGCGGAGUUGUGUCCGCCGGAGAAACCGAAGAGGAAUAAGUUUGCUUUUGUGUGUGCUAUUCUAGUCUCUAUGACUUUAAUUCUUCUUGGUUAUGAUAUAGGAGUGAUGAGUGGAGCAAUCAUAUACAUUAAGAGAGAUUUGAAGAUAAGCGACGGACAAAUCGAGAUCCUUGUCGGAAUCCUCAACAUAUAUUCGGUGGUCGGAGCAUGCUUCGCCGGAAGAACCUCCGAUUUGAUCGGCCGGAGGUAUACGAUAGUGUUGGCCGGAGGAAUAUUCUUCGCCGGAGCAAUCCUCAUGGGAUUCGCCACCAACUACGCUUUCCUCAUGUUCGGAAGGUUCGUCGCCGGAUUCGGCGUCGGAUUCGCCGGCAUGAUCGCCCCUGUCUACACCGCCGAGAUUUCUCCGGCAUCCUCACGUGGCUUCCUCAACUCCUUCCCCGAGGUGUUCGUAAAUGCAGGAAUAUUGUUGGGAUACGUAUCGAAUUUUGCAUUCUCGAAGCUUCCGCUUCACUUGGGAUGGAGAUUCAUGCUAGGCGUCGGAGCCAUACCAUCGAUUCUCCUCUCCAUAGGCGUCUUUGCAAUGCCCGAGUCACCUCGGUGGCUCGUCAUGCAGGGUCGACUCGGCGAUGCCAAACGAGUCCUCUACAGAACCUCCGAUUCCAACUCGGAAGCUGAUCUCCGUCUCGCCGACAUCAAGUUUGUCGCCGGAAUUCCUCAAGAUUGCAACGAUGACAUCGUUCAGGUUGAGAAGAGAAACAGCCAUGGCAAAGGAGUGUGGAAGGAGCUUCUUGUCCGGCCAACACCGGCAGUCCGCCGUGUUCUCGUCGCCGCCUUCGGCAUCCAUUUCUUCCAGCAAGCCUCCGGCAUCGACGCCGUCGUCUUAUACUCUCCUCGGAUAUUCAAAACCGCUGGCCUGAAUUCCGACAAGCAGCAGCUUCUAGCCACGGUAGCCAUCGGGACCGUCAAGACAACUUCGAUUCUGGUUUCGACGUUCCUUCUAGACCGUAUCGGACGACGGCCCUUACUUCUAAGCAGCGUCGGAGGAAUGGUUAUAUCUCUCCUAACCCUAGCCAUGUCUCUAACGGUGAUUGAUCACAGACCGGACAAGAAGAUGAUAUGGGCAUUAGGACUGAGCUUGGCAACCGCAAUAACGUACGUGGCUACGUUUUCAACGGGAUUAGGCCCCAUAACAUGGGUUUACAGUUCAGAAAUCUUCCCCCUGAGGUUAAGAGCUCAAGGAAUGAGUAUGGGACUGAUAGUGAACAGAGUCACGAGCGGCGUGAUAGCGAUGACAUUCUUGUCUUUGACUAAGGCCAUAACCACGGGUGGAGCCUUCUUCUUGUUCGGAGGGCUCGCCAUGGCGGCGUGGAUGUUCUUCUACACGUUCUUGCCGGAGACAAAGGGGAAGAUGCUGGAGGAGAUGGAUGAGCUUUUCGACAAUUUCAGGUGGAGAGGUUCCAAGACUAAGGAACAUAUGGAGGUUGAGGAGGUGGUGCCGGUGAAAAGUUUGGAUCCAGAAUGUAAAGGUUCUGCUGAAUCAUACAAGAAUUAGAGGUAAAGGUUACAGAAACAGAGUCCUGCUUGAGUAAUGCAGAGACACUGAGAAGAUUAAAGGCAAAAGUAGGAACAAACAAGACAUUGUGAAGGGUGAGGAAUGAGUUUAUAGUGACUGUCCCAGCAUGAGUGAUUGUG